AUGUUUUCGUUUUUCUCUAAAAACAAAAAGCCCAGCCCCACGCAGAUCCCAACGGAUCCGAUCCCCGGUGCGAUUCCGUUGACGCAGGAUGAUUUUAUAUUCAUCGAACGGCGCGGUCAGCAGUCAGCGGAUGAUGCCGCCGGAACGAGUACGCCAGCGGGAACACCAGCAGGAGGUGGACUGUAUCCUAGCGUGCCGGAACCGCCAGCGGGUGGUGAGCUGUCGGGGAAACCGGUCCCUGUCCGGCAACGAAGUGAUGAGAAGACUGGUCACGCAUUGCACGGUGUCCCGUUUCGCCUGUCGGCGGACAUUGGCCAACCAUCGGAUAUGGAAAUUACACGCAUUCAGGCGAAUGAGAUACUCACCUAUAUAGCAAGAGUAACGUACGCACCGGACUAUGACUUUAGCUUGGAACGGAGCGUACUACAAGAUUAA